AUGUCCUUGAGCCCCCGUGACAGUGUCGCUGAAGCUGAGCAACACGUUGGACAUCUUCUCGACCGUGCCAUCCACGCGAAAGACAAGCUCAAGGAAAAGUCGAAACGACUGCUUUCUCCUGGACAGGCCGAUGCCUCUUCUGAUGACGAAGAGGACAUCUUUUCCGAUGCCGCCUUCGAUCCGGCGAAAGUCCUCCACAACUCAUCACCGAAGGCGAAGAGAUCGACGAGCGAGACAGUCCACGAUGACCUCCAAAGCGUCAAGUACCUGGCCACCCAUCCGCGCCGGGUCAUGCGCAGCAAGGCGACUCACAUUGCGGCUGGGAAACUCGGGAAGCGUCAUCCAACCUUCACCGUCGACAACAACCAAGAGCUGCUCGAUGCCCACGAUGCUCUUGCUCAGGCGGUGUCGAGUGAUUUUUCAGAUGCGGACACCAGUGCCGUCACCUCUGAGAUAGACCAAGCUCACGAUCGUGUCCGCAAGAUUGAACACCAGAGAGAAAGCCUGCAGACGGCCUGGAUCUUGGGCCGGCAUGUUUCCCGCGUCAAGGUCGUCCGCCCUGUCUCUCGUCCCAACCGCUCUCAAUUCAGAGACGGGGAGAGAUUCGCGUGGGAAAGAUAUCUCGGCUACAUGGCCCUCUAUUACACCCGCGACUUUACGACCGGCUACAUUGACGACUUUGACUCCCCCCCAUUCGACCUCGAAGACCUCGCGCGCAUCAUCGAACGGAUCGCCAUCACCUCGGCGCCCUGGCAGUCCUUUCUGGUCGACGUCCGACACAUCUACAUGUGGCGAUCCCCUCGUCGGACGGCGAAAUGGCUGGCUCUGUACUGUGUCCUUUGGUACACCCAGCACAUCGUGGGCUACCUCUACUUCUACAUCAUCUACUCCACCGUACGCAACAGGUUCCGUACCCACUCGGUGCAGACGGUGCGGGAGAGUGUGAGCCGGGCCGUGGACCGGGAGGCGCGUGUACAGGCCUGGGGGGAGCUCAUUCAGCGCCACGGACAGCACGACUGGCUGGAGCCGUUCCUGGAUGAACUCGGCCCCAUCAUCCAGCUCCAGCUCGGGGACCUGGCGAGCUUCCUCGAAAUCCUGCUCAACUUCCACCGCUGGGAGCGGCCGAACCUGACCUUGGCGACCCUCUUCUUCUUUUCCUGCUGUCUGCUCAUCACGCUGUGCGCCGACAUGGCCUUCUGCGUCAAACUGGUCUGGUUCGUCUUCGGCGGCGGGUUUUUUCUGACAUAUCCGAUCGCCACGAACUUUCCGAAAUACCGCCUCUUGCUGUCGCAGUUCCGCUGGGUGUUCUGGGACAUCCCCACGCACGCUGAGUUGGCGGUGCUGAGGCUGCAGGAGAAGGCGGCCGCAAAGGAAGACGCCGAUUUGACCGAGUUUGAAUUGAGAGGCGACAAUGAUGACAAUGACGAUGAUCGAACGGAGGAUGAGAAUGAUAAUGAUGACGAUCAGAGCGAUCGAGGGCGGACAGAGGCUCGCUAUGCAUUCCGCGUGUACGACACUGUCCGAGGACGCGCCCGCCUCGUCGUGCGCAGGACAGGCCUCACUCUCUAUCCCAAGAGCGGACAAGAAGCCCGAAACUGGCCAUUCAGCUCUCUCACGGAGAUGCGCAAGCUCGACAGCGUCGACGUCCAGUCCGUCUCCACCUCCGCCUCCACGCUUCAGAACCUCAAACACCUGCACACGCGGUCGGCCGCGGGGCUGCAGUUCCUUGUUCUCCGGAACGGCGGCGACCCUCCAGCAGCAGCAGCAGAGUUGACAGUCCUCUUGCACCCCGUGGACCGGGACCGCGUCUUCAACCUGGUUCUCGCAUGGAGCGGGUUGCGGUGGCAGUGUCUGCAGAUGGAGCGACACCAUACCACCGCGGCAACGAGCCAGAGGAGUAAUCUGGACAGGGCCAUCAAGAGGGCAUUUCAUUGA